UUCACGCAUCCAAGAUGCAGUACAAGCAUUCUAGUGGAUGGGAAUAAAGCGGACUACAACACAUCAUGGUUGUUGUUCGUCAAUCAUCCAGUGAGGCGGAAGCGAGGCGCGUUUUAACGUGGCUAUCCCACUUCCAGAGGCCGGCAUAAACGCCGCUAUUUCUCCCUUCUGGGAGGCAUCAUCUAUCAUUACAAACAAUUUUGAUACCAAUCUCUGAAUAUUUGAGAAAUAUGCUCUGUGAUCGCUGUACUGCUGUCUUUCAAGAUCCCAAGGUUUCCAUCUCGCCGUUCCAUCCCCGCCAGCAGCUCAGCGAUGACGACCUACAUGUCUUGCAUCCCAACUUUGCAUCUCUCAAGACUGGACUGAAAGACAAAUGCGGUGUCUGCCAUCGAAUUCUUCAUACCCUGUCGUCCAAGGGAGAGAGUCAGAUUUUGACCAAUUUCCAAUUAAGCUCAGACAUUGACCCGGAAACAUUUUCUAUGCGAUAUCGUCUUGCUUAUGAGUCUAACAAUCGGAAAGUUGUUUCAUGUUUGGCUGUUUGUCUUGCACAGAGAGCAGGCAAAGAGCUGCGGGAGCAUUGCAUGGAGUAUCUAGUCAUCUCUCCUGAACAGGCUCCUUUGAUAGGGGAACCAGCCAUAGGAACAGGGAAUGGACCAACUUCAGCAUCAUUCAAUACCAUUACUUCCUGGAUUGAGAAUUGCAACAAGAACCAUUCCCUAUGCAGCACAGAGGGAGAAACACGUUUGAAUCACCAGUUCGCCCGGAUCCUGGACCUAGGCGACGCGCCCGACGCAUCCGAAGUGAAGCUUUGUCUCUCAGACAGCCUCGAGCCCGAUGCUAAAUAUGUGACGCUCAGUCAUUGCUGGGGAGGCAUCACUUCCGAGAUCCCGUCUCUGACCACAGAAACGUACGACGAGUGCUUACAGCACAUUGCCGUCAUGGAUUUGCCUCGAACUUUUCAGGAUGCAAUUCGCCUGACUCAGAAACUAGGGAUUCGAUAUUUGUGGACUGAGUCUCUGUGCAUCAUUCAGGAUUCUCCGAAGGACUGGCUAGAUCAGGCUGAAGUGAUGGGUGAAGUUUAUCAGGGUUCGUAUCUGAACAUCUCCCCGGAUACCUCGUUAAAUCCGAAUGGUGAACUCUUUACGACAAGAAAUUCUGUCUUGGCAGCACCUCUACGAAUCUCAAUCCGAGGUAAUGGCAUUGACCCGCAGGAUGAUUUCCCACCUUUCAGGUUGAAAGGUGCCUCGGUGCUUGUAGCAGAAACUACACCGUCGCAAGCUCUCGAGCUAGAGAUUGAUCUCAAUACCCGUCUUGGUAACAGAGACGGAAACUUUGAUCUCAAAGAUAAAAACUUUUCUUGGAGUGCGCGAAACGUCGAAUUGGUAGAAAAUACCCUCUGUGCCGAACUAAAAGCCAUAUCAGGGGAGUGGAGAUGCAGAUGCAUAGACGUGAGAGAGCUUUUAGAAGGACUAUCUGAUCGAUCAAGUUUCAGACUUGUCGGAAACUCAACCCUUUUCAUCUCGGAGCCUCAAGAAGUCGACCUUAACGAAUGUCUUGCAAACAGGAAUGGUGCUUUUAGCACCGACGGCAUAGACUUCGCUUUUACUGCAAGAAAUAUGUCCCUCGAAGGAAACAUCUUACGAGCUGAACUCCGGAAGGUAAAUGGGGAAUGGAGACAGGAUAGCAUCGACUUGGCCAGCUGUGUUAGCUGGUCAUCAGGGCAACUACGUCCGACAAAGUUUGUGGAGACCUUCUACGAUGUUGGCACAGAUUGCCACACCAAACAAUCAAGACAGACAUUAGAGGCGAAAUCCAACACCAAGGAAUGGGUCUUCCAAGAGUCCCUGUUAGCACCACGAGUGGUGCAUUUUACGGACCGACAGUUGAUUUGGGAAUGCACCACCUCGAAGGCUCAUGCGAACGAAAAGAGCGAUAAUCGACCAGGUUUGGUGAAUUGGUCAGAGCCAGAGGACCCAUACUCUGUGGAUUUACACCAUGAGCCAAAGUCAAGGGAGCUGGGACUCGAUUACAUCUGGACUUCACUCAGAGCAAUGCACAGUUGUGGAAAAUCCACUUUCCGGAGGAAGGCUCUCUCACAAAAUCCAGAUCUCCUAAGACAAGCGAAGCAUAUGUGCUAUGGAGAAAGUUCCUUUGAGACAACGCACCCUCUCAUCAAAUACUGGUCCGACAUCGCGGUCAACCACAGCGUUGCAUAUCCAAGACAAGACGACCGUUUGAUAGCUGUUGCCGGACUGGCGAAAAUAUUGUCCACCAGAACGAGUUUUCGCUAUGUUGCUGGACUCUGGGAAAUCCAGCUUCCGCGGCAGUUGCUUUGGACCCCACAUUCGAAGGCGAUGCCAGCUGAAGAGCCUGCCGCGCCAUCUUGGUCGUGGACAUCAUACCCGGGUGGUAUAACGGAUAACGGAAUAAAAUUAGACCUCGCACUUGAAAAAAACGGCGCCAUGGAUCUAAUCAAGAUUCUCUCUAUUGACAUCGAAGGCGUAUCUGAAAAUGAUGAGAUGCCCUUCGGCCAGGUAAAAGAUGGCCGCCUUCUCAUCCGGGGUCGCCUGCUUCCCAUCGCGCUCGAUCUCAGCGCUUGGCCAGAGGGUACUACACGCGAUGAUGCACUCGUUCAAUCCUGGACUGGAUCUACAUCAGAAGCUCCCUGCGGAGAAACCUUUCUAGUGCCCGUCCUAUUCACAUGUUGUGACGAUGAACUUUCAAACUCAACUCCUAAUUCCCUGCUCCUGGAAUCGACAGAAGAGAAGGGCGUGUUUCGUCGAAUCGGCACAGCACGCCUUAGCAGUUUCUGCAACUUGAGUAACAUAACGCCGCAACUGUACGCAGCUGAAUGCGUUGACCAUGAGUACGAAGACGAUGGUGAGGACGAGACUGAGGCUAGCGCAGAAGACGACGAUUUCGUAAUAAUUCCCACUUCUGGCGCAGCCGAACACAGUCCACAGCAGGAAGCUGGCGACAAUUCUACAAGUCAUCACACCUCAAAUGACACGCAAUACACCUUCCUAGAUGAGGCGAGUGAAGUCGCCACCGAACUCGAGGCAGCUCCAAAUAAUGAGCGGGCCAUGACACCAGAAGAGAUAAUUAGCAGUACAGAGAGGGAAAUUUCGCGGUGGAACUCACUCUUUCCAAAACUUCCCAAGCCAGAAGAGGAGUUUGAUGUCGAUAUUGACGCUGGUGAAUUGGAGCGUGAAAUGAUGGGCUUCUACAACAAUAAUUCAGCUGGUUCUGAUCGGACGAAAACCCAGUCGCGAUUUAAGAGGAGGGUGCAGAAGCUGGCACCGAAGGAUGCCAUUGCAGGUCAUUAUUAUGUUGGUUAUAUUGAAGAUGAUGAAGAUGUGAUUUGGUAUGGGCAUUUUGUGUUUGAGAUUCGUUGACAGGAUGCUGUUGGGAAUAUUAAGCAGUGAUAAACGUGAAAUGUAUUUCACAUGGCGAAGUUGGUAUCAUGAUGAACGAUCCCAGCACUUCAACAAUGAGACAAGACAAAUUCAAUCAUCGUAAUAAUCUUCAACUGGACCCCCAACUACGCCUCGGUAAUUAAGUACAAGAUUACAUUAUCUCGGUCAACAAAAUGUCCACUCAUCACAGUAGUCCGCUACUACCGCUACCAAAGAUGCACGGCAAUCCAAAUUCCAAUCCACCAAGCGUCCUCUAUCGAGCACGACAGUCAAAGAAGCGCACCAGAUUGUUCGUGAAUUGCGAGAACUCGAGUUCCCGUAUAGUCUCCACAAUGCUAUGAAGAUUUCUCUUCAUAAGGUUACU